AUGGCGGAUAGCACACGACCAGACCGCGAACACGGUCGGAGAAGAGAUUCACGUUCCAGAUCACCUAGGCGACAUCACUCGCAUUCUCAUCGGAGACGAUCACCGCAUGGUAAUCAUCAUCGAAGCAAGCGACCGACCGAAGCAGCACCAGAACUCCCGUAUAAUUGUAGGCCGAUCACGAAAAAUGAUUACGAGACAUUCAAACCAAUGUUUGCAUCAUAUUUGGAUAUUCAGAAAGGCAUAUUUCUGGAUGAGUUAGGGGAAACAGAAGUCAAAGGGAGAUGGAAGAGUUUCCUUGGAAAAUGGAAUCGUGGAGAACUUUCAGAGGGUUGGUAUGAUCCAUCAACAUUGCGAAAAGCCCAAGAAUCGGCAAGGGAAUACGAGGAAGAAAUAGCUCGAGAGUCGAAUCCGGUCCAGUCAAACGAACCUUCGUCGAGUUUGAGUCAGCGCGAACCCGAACAGAAAGACCAUGAAGUAGGAGGCGAUGGAGAUGAUAGUGAUGAUUCGAUGGGCCCAACAUUGCCAGGGGAGAUUAAUAAAUCUAGAAGGAAUAGACCGGGGCCCAGUAUACCAAACAUGGAAGAUUUAGAGCUUAGGAGAGAAAUGGCUCUUGAAGAUGGAUUAGCUCGCCGCGAUGACAUAAGGUUCGAGCGGAAGAUUGAUCGCAAACAACAAAAGGAAGCGCUAGAUGAACUGGUUCCUCGUGCUGAAGCCGGGACACGAGAACGACAAUUGGAAAAGAAGAAAGAAGUGAACGAAAAGAUGAAAUCAUUCAGAGAGAAAUCUCCUGGUGCGGCAGAAGUUCCGGAUAUUGAGUUGAUGGGCGGCGAUGAAGGAAUUGAAGGAUUUAAGAAAAAGAAGGAAGAGUUCCAGCGCAAGAAGAAUGAGAGGGAAUUGAGGAAGGAAGAAAUAAUGAGAGCUAGACAAGCCGAAAGAGAUGAAAGGCUACAGGAGUAUAAACAAAAGGAGGAUGGGACUAUGGCUAUGCUCAAGGCUUUGGCUAAGCAGAAUUUUGGAUGA